GUGGCAAUGGUAUAGAUCCGUCUGCCUGGAGUUGCCCUAAAAAUACAUGCAAUGAAAAUAAAUAAUAAUAAUAAAAUGGACAAAAACUUAACUAUUAACUUUGGAAACAUUUGUAUGACAAAAUGUUCGGUAAUCUUGAUGUUGGUAUAGAAAGUAGCCUUUUUAAAAUAUAUUUCAAAUGUAAUGACAAAGCAAAGAAGAAUAUGGGUUUAAAAUUGAAUUCCAAAUACAAAAUAUAAUGAGGUGAAUUAGUAGGUAGCGAAAACAUGUAUUUUUUUUAUGAAAAAUAUAUUUAGAUAUUUCAUUAUUUUUUAAUAUGCUAUUAUAGUAUAUAUUAAGUGCAAAAUUUGAGAUGUUUAACUUUUCUAAGAAGUUAUUAUUUCAUAAAUUUAAUAAAUCUUAUGAGUAUUUAGCAGAUAUUAUGAAAUUUGGAUUAAACAGCAACCUUGUAAUUAAUAACAAGAUAAUUAAUGAUUAA